AUGGAGAAGAAAAAGGCAGUGGCGGCGCGAUCCGCUCGCAAGGAGCGAAAGUCCCACGGAGCCGCGCGGAAGCGGGCGCGGAGUGGAGACUGCGACGUGAACGCCGGCGAUUUCAUCAGCCGCCUCCCGGACGCUGUCCUCGGGACCAUCAUCUCUUUACUCCCCACCAAGGACGGCGGCCGCACGCAGAUCCUCUCCCGCCGAUGGCGCCACCUGUGGCGCUCUGCUCCUCUCAACCUCGAGGUCAUCACCGGGCCUCCCGGAAGCUAUCCUCGGCACCAUCAUCCGUCCGCGGUCCACCACUCCGCCGUCUCCAAGAUAAUCUCCCAACACCUUGGCCCCGCCCGCCGAUUCUGCCUCAAGCACCUGAUCGACGGCGACCUCCCUGAGAUGGAGAGCUGGUUGGACUCCCGAGCCCUCAUCAGCCUCCAGGAACUCGACAUCAUCAAUUACACUGGAUAUAAGACCGGCUAUACAUUGCCGCAAUCCGUGUUCCGCUCCGCAUCCACCCUUCUCGUUGCCAAGAUAAUGGGUUGCAAUUUCCCGGACGCGAUCACACGCUCCAUGAAUUUCUACCUCCUCAACCAGCUUUCCAUGGAUUGUGUUUCGAUCUCGGGGGAUGUGUUCCACGGCUUGCUCUCCGGCUGCCAUGCCUUGGAGAGCUUAGCCAUGCUUGAAGUUCAUGCUGCUGGUUGCCUCCGUGUUAGCUCGCCAACUCUUAGGAGCAUUGGCUUCCGCAAAGGAUCUCGUAAAAGAGCCGAAUUGGUCCUCGAGGAUACUCCUCGCCUUGAAAGGUUAUUAUUACCGUAUUGUGACCGGAAUAAUUCUGCGACUAUCCGGGUUAUUUGGGCACCUAAACUGCAGAUAUUUGGGCCUUUCUCAACAGGCGCGUGUGAACUCCGGGUCUUCCAGGGAAUGAGCCCCGUCAGCUCGACAAACUCGAUACACACCGUGAAGGUUUUGGCCCUCGGGUGUUCUGAACAUCAAUUGGGUGCAGUUCUUGACGUCCUCAUGUGGUUCCCCUGUUUGGAAAAGCUCUAUGUCACAUUUCACGCACACUAUAGGACGUUUAAGCAAAAUGAGCAUCAGUAUGACCCACUACAUCCAGCGUGCCUUCAGACCCAUCUAAAGAGAGUGGUGUUUAAGUUAUUCAAAGGCUCUAAGCAACAGAUUGAGUUUGUCAUGUUCUUUAUUUUGUAUGUGAAAUUGCUAAAGAAAAUUGAAUUCCAAGUUUGCGGGGACUACUACAACACUGAAUUUGUGGCUCGUCAACGCGCGCUGCUCAAAGUCGGAAACAGAGCUUCUCGAUAUGCUCAAUUUACAUUCAGGAAUACUAGUGGUUGUACUGAUGACCAUGUCACCAAGCAUAUCCACGAUUUGUCACUAGCUGACCCCUUUAGACUGCCUUAG